ACUUCAGCCUGAGGAUUACAUAAUAAGACGAGGAUCACCAUCGACCAAACUGGUGACCAGUGCAGAAGUAGUAUUGUACUCCACCUGGUGCUUUACUCUGUACAAAGUACAUACUACCUAGUCCUUACAACUUCGUAUCCUGUACCCUUUACCCUUCUAUCUUUGCUCUUUCCACAAAUCGUUGCUCAAUUUGCAUUUAAGAUACCCGUUUAAGUGACGCUACUGUCGACGCAACAGUUCUAAUACCACCCAAGCAAAUCUUUCAUCGGCUUUUUACUUCCUGUCUUUUGACGCACACCUCAUCUUGGCGACCAACGAUCUUCGUCCGACCCCAUACCACCACAGCUAUUUUUUCCCUAUUACAUCCACUCGGAGAGGGUAGCAAAUAAUGUUCCAAUAGUAUCGAUACAGUCGGGAUAGAAGUUAUUGCCAGGGCCGAUUAUCUUGCGCCUAGGAUUUGGCAUUCUCCGGACCAGGGUCCUCACAGAUCCUCUACACGUAAGGAUAUACAGUACCAUUUGAAGAGCCUUGCUUUACAUACGAGAGGCCAUGCAAGAACCUGUAUCUGCAAGCUCGCCGCCGUUCAUUCUCAAUCCAGAUAUGUCGGGAGCGGACUCUGAUCCCGAUUUCGAAUUCCUCGAUAGUUCUCAUUUACCCUUUGAGACAACCUAUAGUCCAAACAACCUCUUCGAGGAAUUCUCACACGACUCACCCCCUUACUAUUCAGCAUAUGCAACACCGAGUGUUGCGGGCCACAAAAGUCCUGAACAACCAUCGUUCAUUAAUACGACGAUACUGCAAGCGCCUUUGUCAGCUCCAUCGACGGCCUCGCCAGCUGGCUCGUCCCAAAGCUCUACUUCCGAUUCGACGGAAUAUAACAGAAAGUCUAGUUCGGAUUCGUCACGAUCUGGUUUGAAUUCAGGGGACGCAAUGAUUGGGGAUGACGUAGACAUGGGAGAUUGGAAAGGCGACAAUAUCAUCAAAGGCGAGAGCAUUUCGACUUUUGAUGACUACGCUGGAAAUGGAACCAUCAACCCAUCAGCAAUGGUUAACAAUUUUGGGUUCAAUGAUAAGAGCAUGGAAAAUGAUUUCGACUUCGAGAGCGCGUCGAGUAGCCCAAGUCCUUUUGCGAUAACAAUGGAUAUGGAAUCACCAGAAAUGCCGAUUAUCAAGCAUGAUAUCCCGCGCAAGAUAUCACCAAUUGUUAGGAAAAAGUUCAGGAAUCAUAACAAAUCAAGUUCUGUAGGUCAAUUUUUAUUCACUGUUACGUUUCCAAUACACAAAUGUACUAACGUGCUCAUCAAUGGCAGCAAUAUUCGGCAGUACACUCUACAAAUGGAUAUCAUAUGGGUUCAAGGGAAACUUCCCCCUUGUCCGCAGCAUCGACAAGUCAAGCGUCGUCCCCUGCACAUAAUUUGUUCACGAACUCUCCGUCCCCCAAUGCUGGGCUUGAAUUUAUGUCUGGAGCAAUGCCCAGUGGGGCUCAUGGCCUUCCUCCUUGGACAAAUAGCAUGGAAUUACCUCAUAACAUGAUGAGAACUCAAGUUCAGUUUAAUACCAUGACAUUCCAAAACACACCUCAAUACAAGGGCCGCCAGAAUCCGGUUGCGUCAUAUACGAAGCCGAUUUUAACAUUGCACCCCACACCAUUGAAGUCGCGCGUUGAGACUCAGAUCCCCAUCAAAAUGACACUUUUCCCUGUUCCCCAAGGUGUUACCAAGCUCCAUCUUCCAACACAAACUAUUUCGAAACCCAAACUUCUCGUCAAACCCCCCCCGGAACGCUCACCGGACACUUUGGAGCUUUAUACCAUGUUGGUCUGUUCUAGUGCAAUGGAAAAUCCGGAAAUUCUUCGAAAAGCUUUGGAAAGAGCGGCGGCGCCCGAGGAUUCCCCAAGUCAGUCGUCGGACGGCGGAUCUGAUGAAGAUGAUGAAAGAAAGCCGUUGAACGGGGGCGAAGUCCUGAUAUGCAGCGGCUGCAUUACACGUGAGAGGAAAAGAGCCGCUCGAAAGAAGAUAAAGAAGGUCGAGGAAGAGGAAUCAUGGCAUAAAGACGAGGCCAAGCGAGUCAUCGUAUUCAACACUCAUGAAAUCAAGGAUUGGCAAUCGCCCACAAGUCAACCACCCUCGGAAGCCACUGGUGACCGACCUGAACCUAUCGUACCUGAUGGUGCCAUGCAAGUUGAUGCUCCGAUGCGCAUCGCAUGUUAUUGUCGACAUCAAAAUGAAAAAAUCGGGUUUCGAGUAAUAUUUACUAUCAAGGACUAUCAAGACCGCCUAGUUGCACAAGCUAUCACCUCUUCAAUCAUGAUUACAGAUGAUCACAAGACGCAUAACUUAUUACCUAUUUCUGGGCAGGUAUCUGGUGCGACCGAUGGACAAAUAUAUCCAGGUCCGACUCCGUAUUCAAAUGAAAGAAACUUUGAUAUUGCGUCCGGUCCUGUCCCUGGUAUGCCUCCUUUCCGUGUUUCACCAUCCGCGCCGGACCUUCAGAGCCUACCACAGAAUUUCAUGCAAUACCAACAGCCAGUGACUUACCCAGCACCUAAUCCACCUCGAGCAAUUUCUUCUGCGAUCUCACCUCGGCAGAUGUCGCCACAAGCAUCGCCUUUGACCCCAUCUGGCGCUCCAUUGUCUAAGAAACGCAAAGCCAGUUCUUCUGGAAAGGUUCCCACUGGUUUAGCCAUGACAAAAUUAGAGACUGGGCAGCUGGGGAUGAGCGUUGGACCACAUGUUUCGGCCAACGCCACCACUUCUGCUUUACCAUCACCAUUUACACCAAAUCUUCCAAACUUCCCACCAAACGAGCACCCAUUCUGUCAGCCUGUCCCAGUGCAACAAUUUCCGUCGCAUUUCAACACAGGUCCUCCUACUCCGAAUAGCAAUGAUCAAUUAUUUAUCCCGCAUGGCCAUCGACCUCAAUCAACGGACAAUUUGGCUAUGCAUCAACUCUAUUCGGCGCCUCCUUCAGCGCAUCCUAGCCGCGCCCCGAGUCCGAAUGGUAUGCGCAAUAAUGUCCAAAUUUAUCAGCAACAGCAGCAGCAAGCUCAUAUGGCACAAGCUGCGGCCAAUGGAAUAUAUGGCAUGCCCAUGAGUCUGAACCCACAGCAGCCACCUGUGAUUCACAAACUGAUACCAAACGAGGGACCGAAGGCUGGAGGAAUAGAAGUUACCUGCUUAGGUAGUGGAUUUUUUCAAGGGUUGGAAGUCAUGUUUGGUGAUGCUAAAGCAACAACGACGACGUUCUGGGGCGACACAUCUUUAGUAUGUCUUUUGCCCCCGUCUACCAUUGCCGGUACCGUGCCUGUCACGUUCACACACCAGCAUCAACAAAGGCAGCAAUAUCCAACACCACCAAUGCCGAAACAAACGGCAUUCUUCAAAUAUGUUGAUGACGAUGAACAACAGAUUAUCAGAACAGCUCUAGCCGUAUUAGGUCACAAGAUGACCGGCAAAAUGGAAGACGUGCGUGAUCUUGCUAGAAGAAUUGUGGAUGGUCCUUGGGGAGCACCAUCAGGCCAAUCUCCGCCUAGCGGGGGUGGAUCCUCACAACAUGGCGGCGGAUUCAAUGCCGCAAUUUUUGGCGUUGAUGUUGAAGCAACUCUAUUGAGAUGUCUAGAUCUUAUUGAUCUCGAUGACAGUCCGACCAAGCCGCGAUUUAACCUGCGUAGAACCUCUGGACAAACGAUGCUCCAUCUCGCUUGUUCAUUGGGACUUCACCGCUUUGUCGCUGCUUUAUUGGCACGAAACGUGAAUUGCGAACCACGAGACAAAGGUGGAUUCACGCCUAUGCAUUUUGCUGCUCUUCAUAACCACCCACAGAUCGUUCGACGGCUCAUCCUCAGUGGUGCCGAUCCAUUGAUUAGAAGUCUCCAAGGUUAUGCUCCUGCAGAUAUGACAGCUUCCGAGGAAGUCCAUCGUGCUGUUCGCAGAGUGGAACAUCAUUCAAGGAGACGAAGUGGUUCUUCGUUGAAAAGUAGAACCAGCAGUGCCACAUCAUUACGAUCAUUAUGGCAACCACCAAACGCAGAGAUACCCAGUGAAAGUGGCAUCAGCGAUAGCGACGACGAGGAUAGCAACGAAUACGAGGACGAAGACGCCGAUAUUGAAACCGAAGCUGCUACCGACGGUACAUUCCUGAUGCGAAGUAGGCAAUCUAGGGGAUCAAUUGCGGGGAAAAUAUCGAAUGAGGCUAUUGAAGCAACUAAAACCCCUGUUUUGGAACUUCCUGAGGUCGAAGCAGACGAAGGCUUGGCGUCUCCAACAUUAGCCAUGACCGCAAUCCGAGAUCAGAUGUUCGCGCAAUUCACACAAUUCACAGCUCAGAUGCAGCAUCUACAACAAAGCUUCCACAAUGGUAUGCAUCUCGGUCUCCCAACCUUGCCUCAGAUGCCUCAGAUGCCUCAGAUGCCUCAGAUGCCGCAAAUGCCGCAAAUGCCUACUCUGGCAAAUCUUCCAGGUUAUCAAGCUUAUCUACCAAGCCCAAUGACCCGCCGCAUCGCCAGCCGUCCAGACAGCCUUAACCGUCCAGAGGGCGCCAAGGAACCAGGCAACAAAUGGUGGGAUCUUUUCUCCGGUAACGUAGCUGCGGCACCACCCGCGUACGAAGACAUCUUCCCACAAAAUGAUAUGGAUGUGAAACGAGCUUCCGCAGAACAGGCAGUUGCGGAUACCAUCGCGGACAACAAAUGUGCUCAAGUCUUCGAUCAAUUUGAAACACAAGUUGAAGCAGCCAAAUCUAUGGUCCACGCUGAAAGUUCAACAGCUGCUAUGAUGAGGAGACCAAUGCCUAUGGGCACCCUUAGAAUCGGUGGAAAGGAAGUAGUUACGGUGGAGCAACAGAACCAGAUACAAUUGCUACGCCAGGCGAAAUUGAAGAGGGUUAGGAGCGAUAGGAAACUAUUCCUUAUUUGGGUAUGUUCUUGUUCAUGCUAUCUUUUCUUGUGCUUGUCACAAUUUUCUCCUUCCACCACCCUCAUUUAAACAUUCAUCUCAAAAUCGUUCCAGACUAACAAUUCUCCACACAGAUCCCUCUACUCCUCGUAAUGAUGCUCGCGACAUUCCACACUCGCAUACCUGCUGUUUGGUCCCGUGCAUCUUAUGUUUUCACCUCUCUCACAGAUCGAAACCAAGGUCAGGGACGUGUGAUGGAAGUAUCAUAACUGCUUGUAAAAUCACAGCAUCUUCCCUGAUACUGCAUGGUAGUCUUUUAUUUUUUCAUAUUUUUUUUAGGGGGCUCACGUUUUUUAUAUUUUUUAUUCAUCUUACGUCACGUUCGGUUACCCCCUCGAUCGCCUUUACACCAGAAAGGUUGGAUCUCUAGUACUUUGUUUAUUAUGCGUUUUAGCGUUAAUGAUGAUUUUGAUUUUGAUUUUGCUCUUGAUGGUGGUGAUGGUUGCUUGCUUGGGGUUGGCUGGUUCCUGGGCUUUACCUGUAUGGGAUAGUUAUAGGAAGGAUGGGAGGGUGGAAGGAUGGAUGAUUGGAUGCAAUGAAAGGAAUGGGAAACUAUGAUAGAUGGAUGGGAAUGAAUGAAUUGAUGGAUGGAUGGAUGAAUGGAUGGAUGGAUGGAUGGGAAGAUAGACAAGGCAAGCGAUGCAGCUCAGUUCAGUUCAGUUAGUCAUGUCAUUUCAUGCGUUCAUUAGCGGGGUCACCAUCAUACAGUGGAAGUGGAAAGUGGUAAAGUGGAAAUGGAACCUUUUUUCUUUUUAAUUAUCUUAUCAACAUUCGGUAUUUGUUCUUCUGGAAUAGUCUAGGUAUUUUAAUGUACAGAUGGAUGGAUGGAUGCAGAGAGGGGAGAUUCGAUAUUCAAGAUUGAUAUAUUGAAUCGUAUUAGGUAGCUAGUUAAGUAGGUAGGUAGGUAGCUAGAAGAGAGAGAUAGAUAGUGGGUGCAAACGAUAAAUUUGCAACACACCGUCCAUAUCAUACAUAUCAACAACCAUCUGAAAUACAAUGUGAAAUGACCUCCAAUUCGAGUUGAACGGGGACGAGAGAAAGGAAAUUCAUUCCUUUUUUGAAGAAUAGUAAAAUCGCCAGGUAUUCCAUUUCCAUCCAUUCCAUUCCAUUCCAUUCCAUUCUACCCC